CCGCCAAGGCAGACCGGAGCGGAGCCGAUCGGGGCCCGCAGCCACCCGCCAAGAUGUGCGACUGCUUCCACCUGGUGCUUCCCAACUGGCCCGGAUCCCCUGCCAGUGUUUCUGGCAGGCAGCUGAGGCCAGAUGAUCCUGAUGCGGAAACAGAAGAAGACAACUCUGUGAAUGAAGUACCUAUUGAUGAAAUUAUCCGUCCUAGGCCUCAGGGCUCCUCACCAGUUUAUGAGUAUUCCAUUGACCAAGAACACUUCAUCAAGGGGGAAGAUACUCAGACCGGGCGGUUUUCCUCAGGAAGACGGAAAUCCCGGUGGAAACGUGACUCAGGGGAAUCCCAAAGCUUUUCUGGAAGGAGUCAAUCAGAGGAACCAAUGGAAAUCACUGUGCAGACAGAUGUGGAGGCUGGAGCCAGUGGCUACAGCGUCACUGGUGGUGGGAAGGAGGGGAUCUUCGUCAAACAAGUCUUGAAGGAUUCCUCUGCCGCCAAACUGUUCAGCAUGAGAGAAGGCGACCAACUGCUGAGUGCAACCAUCUAUUUUGACAAUAUUAAAUAUGAAGAUGCCCUCAAGAUCCUACAGUAUUCCGAACCAUAUAAGGUGCAGUUCAAUCUCAAACGAAAACUGGCAUCAAAAGACGACACAGAAAAAGUCCAUCAUUCAGCCACAAGUGACACUAGAGAAACAGACCAACAGGGCGAAGGUCUGACAGAUGGUGCAAUGGAGACUAUGGGAAAGAUGCUUGAAGAAGAAGAGGACAAAGAAAAGUUAAUAGUCAAAUCCAGAACGGGGAGGAGCCAGCGGCCAAAGAAAGAGAGGCUGUCAUGGCCCAAAUUCCAGGCAAAGAAAAACAAGAAGGCUGUGAGCCAUCGUAGGUCACAUAGCACAUCAGAUGCCUGUGAAGGGAGAGUGCCUGACCUUUCCCCAACAAGCACAGAUACUGAAUUACAUUUCCCGAAAGAGGAGACACAUCUGAAAGACAAGAGAGGCAGUGAGAGAAAGAGGAAGUUCCUGAACAUUGGAUUUAGAAUGCACCGGAAGCCUGAAAUAGAUGACAAGAUACCAGAGGCAGGCAUGACAGCAGCAGAGGUGAGAACCAAAGCAGCAAAAGAUGGCCAAAGGAUCUCCUUGGAUGUACAAGACCCGGAAAUGGAACUGGGCAGGUUGGAAUUUCAGAGUGCAGCUGGAAUCCCAGAGCACUUGGGAAAUGAAGAUAACAGGUUAAAGCAAGCUGAUCCUGGAACAAAGAAAGAGGAAGAACUGACACCAGAAGCUAGAGCAAUGAGUGGGGCUGUGAUAGGGAUCCCAGCUUCUGUCUCUGGAACACUCACUGGACCUCAUGUGUCUGUGAGAGGCAGAAGGAAAAAAUCAGAUGAUGCGGCAGACACCACUAAGGACACAGUGAGUAGAAGAAAACAUGGUCUGCAGGCUGGAAAAGAAGCAAGAGAAAGAUUAGAAGAUGCUUCUUUUGGUGUUCGAGGGCUAGAAAUUGGAAUUGCAAAGUUAACACUUCAGGAACCUCAGGAAGAGUUGGGCAAAGGCUAUGAAACACCAGAGAUAAGAGUGAAAAUACCAACUUUGCAAACACCCAAGUUUGGAUUUUCCAAAGGAAAAGUGACUGAGGCUAAAGUCUAUGCCUCUGGCCAUGAAAGGGAACAAUCCCUGGGGAAGGUCACAGCAAAUUUGGGGGAAAUGCUUAAGGAAGCCACACCUGAGGGAAAUAUUUCCCUAUCAGAUGUGACUGAAGCAGUUGGAAAGAUUUCUGUAGGGACUCCUAGCCUAGAUCACACUAUCCCUGGUAUACCUGAAAAAGGUACAGAGAUGUCAGAUGGGAAGGUCCAGAUAUCUACCAUGAAAAUGCCCCAAAUAACCAAACCUGAUGUUAGCAGGCCCAAGGUGGACAUCACCAUUCCUAGGGCAGAUGCUUCCCAGCCCAAGGCUGGGAUCCAGGGUCCAGGAAUAGGAAAAGAAGGAGUGAAGAUGGAGGGAGACAUCAAAGUGGGAGACAAGGACAUGGAGGGGAAAGACGGCAAGUUCAAAAUGCCUAAAUUUAAGAUGCCAUCAUUUGGAUGGUCUCCAAGCAAGGAAAAAAAAGGAUCAGUAGAGGUAUCUCUACCAAAAGGAGAGGUAGAUAUGUCAAAUUUUUCCAUAAAGGGAGAGGACAAAGACAGAGAUCUGAAUAUAUCACUCAUAUCUACAGAAAUCCCUGUAAGGGGUAUAGACCUCAGUAUGAAAAUACAUGAGGAAGAAGUUACUGUUAAAGAUCAUAAAGACAAAGAGGAUGUGGGAAUCAAAGGACCUAAAGUUCAGGUGCCAAGUAUCAAAAUACCACAAGUAUCUAAAGGAGACACUGAAGGCAAAAAGGUGGAUAUCACCAUACCCAGUGUAGAUGCAUCGCUGCCCAAGGUUAAACUAAACAUGGAUGUUGCUGGAGCAGAAGUACAAACAGUGAAUGUGAAAGGUGAUGAUGUAAAGGUGAAAGAAAAAGAAGGUGAUCACAAAGAGAGUAAAUUCAAAAUGCCAAGAUUCUCCAUGCCAGGUUUUGGCUGGGGAGGAGGUAAGGACAUUGGAUCUUCAGUAGAUAUAGAACCAAGUAGUAAAGAGCACAAGAUGACUGCCCCAUCUUAUGACAUGGAUAUAGAACAUGGUUUGGUCACAACAGACAAAAAAGUUCCCGAGGCAGACGUCCAGCUCAGCGACCUGAAAGGCAAGGCAGGCGGUGUGAGCAUCAAAGGGCACAUGCCUAAGGUCCACAUGCCCAGCAUCAAAAUGCCUCAAAUACCCAAAGCAGACAUCAAAGGCCCCAAAGUGGACAUCAGCGUGCCCACCAUGGAUGUGUCCCUGCCCAAGGACAAGGUCGACAUCAAGAGUCCUGAAGUCGAGGUGGAGGGAGUCAAGGUGGAAGGGGACAUCAAACUGGGAGACAAGGAUGUGGAGGGCAAGGACAGCAAGUUCAAAAUGCCCAAAUUCAGGAUGCCAUCCUUUGGAAUUUCUACUCCCAGCAAGGAAAUGGCAGCAUCCCUGGAUGUGUCAUUGCCCGAGGUAGAGCUGGAUGUGUCCCUGCCCUCAGUGCAGGGCGAUGCCAAGCCUGGCGACCUGAGUGUGGAGGUGCCCUCAGUAGAGGUGGACAUCAAAGGGGUGGACAUAGAAGGCCAGAUGCCCGAGGCAGAUGUCCAACUCAGCGACAUGAAAGGCAAGGCAGGUGAUGCGGGCAUCAAAGGGCACUUGCCCAAGGUCCACAUGCCCAGCAUCAAAAUGCCCCAAAUGCCCAAAGCAGACAUCAAAGGUCCCAAAGUGGACAUCAGCAUGCCCAGCGUAGACGUGUCCCUGCCCACGGGCAAGGUUGAAAUCAAGAGCCCUGAAGUCGAGGUGGAGGGAGUCAAGGUGGAAGGGGACAUCAAACUGGGAGACAAGGACGUAGAGGGCAAGGACAGCAAGUUCAAAAUGCCCAAAUUCAAGAUGCCAUCCUUUGGAGUUUCUGCUCCCAGCAAGGAAAUGGCAGCAUCCGUGGAUGUGUCCCUGCCCAGGGCAGAGCUGGAUGCGUCCCUACCCUCUGUGCAGGGUGAUGCCAAGGCUGACAACCUGAGUGUGAAGCUGCCGUCAGUGGAGGUGGACAUCAGAGGUGUGGUCACAGAAGGCCAGAUGCCCAAGGCAGACAUCCAGCUUGACGACCUGAAAGGCAAGGCAGGUACUGCAGACAUCAAAGGGCACUUGCCCAAGGUCCACAUGCCCAGCAUCAAAAUGCCCCAAUUGCCCAAAGCAGACAUCAAAGGUCCCAAAGUGGACAUCAGCAUGCCCAGCAUAGAUGUGUCCCUGCCCACAGGCAAGGUUGAAAUCAAGAGCCCUGAAGUCGAGGUGGAAGGAGUCAAGGUGGAAGGGGGCAUCAAAGUGGGAGACAAGGAGGUAGAAGGCAAGGACAGCAAGUUCAAAAUGCCCAAAUUCAAGAUGCCAUCCUUUGGAAUUUCUGGUCCCAGCAAAGAAGGGGCAGCAUCCAUGGAUGUGUCACUGCCCAAGGUAGAGCUGGAUGUGUCCCUGCCCUCAGUGCAGGGCGAUUCCAAGCCUGGCGACCUGAGUGUGGAGGUGCCCUCAGUAGAGGUGGACAUCAAAGGGGUGGACAUAGAAGGCCAGAUGCCCGAGGCAGAUGUCCAACUCAGCGACAUGAAAGGCAAGGCAGGUGAUGUGGGCAUCAAAGGGCACUUGCCCAAGGUCCACAUGCCCAGCAUCAAAAUGCCCCAAAUGCCCAAAGCAGACAUCAAAGGCCCCAAAGUGGACAUCAGCAUGCCCAGCGUAGACAUGUCCCUGCCCAAGGGCAAGGUCGACAUCAAGAGCCCUGAAGUCGAGGUGGAGGGAGUCAAGGUGGAAGGGGGCAUCAAACUGGGGGACAAGGAAGUGGAGGGCAAGGACAGCAAGUUCAAAAUGCCCAAAUUCAAGAUGCCAACCUUUGGGGUUUCUGGUCCCAGCAAGGAAGGGGCAGCAUCCCUGGACGUAUCACUGCCCAAGGCAGAGCUGGAUGUUUCCCUGCCCUCUAUGAAGGCCGGUGCCAAGGCUGGCGACCUGAGUGUGGAGGUGCCCUCAGUGGAGGUGGACAUCACAGGGAUAGACAUAGAAGGCCAGCUGCCUGAGGCAGAUGUCCAACUCAGCGACCUGAAAGGCAAGGCAGGUGGUGGGGGCAUGAAAGUCCACAUGCCCAGCAUCAAAAUGCCCCAAAUGCCCAAAGCAGACAUCAAAGGCCCCAAAGUGGACAUCAGCAUGCCCAGCGUUGACAUGUCCCUGCCCAAGGGAAAGGUCGAAAUCAAGAGCCCUGAAGUGGAGGUGGAGGGAGUCAAGGUGAAAGGGGACAUCAAACUGGGAGACAAGGAAGUGGAGGGCAAGGAUAGCAAGUUCAAAAUGCCCAAAUUCAAGAUGCCAUCCUUUGGAGUUUCUGGUCCCAGCAAAGAAAGGGCAGCAUCCCUGGACGUAUCACUGCCCAAGGCAGAGCUGGAUGUUUCCAUGCCCUCUAUGAAGGGUGAUGCCAAGACUGGCGACCUGAGUGUGGAGGUGCCCUCAGUGGAGGUGGACAUCAAAGGGGUAGACACAGAAGGACAGCUGCCUGAGGCAGACGUCCAGCUCGGCGACCUGAAAGGCAAGGCAGGUGGUACAGAUAUCAAAGGGCACUUGCCCAAGGUCCACAUGCCCAGCAUCAAAAUGCCCCAAAUGCCCAAAGCAGAUAUCAAAGGCCCCAAAGUGGACAUCAGCAUGCCCAGCAUAGACGUGUCCCUGCCCACGGGCAAGGUCGACAUCAAGAGCCCUGAAGUCGAGGUGGAGGGAGUCAAGGUGGAAGGGGGCAUCAAACUGGGGGACAAGGACGUGGAGGGUGAGGACAGCAAGUUCAAAAUGCCCAAAUUCAAGAUGCCAUCCUUUGGAGUUUCAGCUCCCAGCAAGGAAGUGGCAGCAUCCGUGGAUGUGUCACUGCCCAAGGUAGAGCUGGAUGUGUCCCUGCCCUCAGUGCAGGGCGAUUCCAAGCCUGGCGACCUGAGUGUGGAGGUGCCCUCAGUGGAGAUGGACGUCAAAGGGGUAAACAUAGAAGGCCAGCUGAAUGAGGCAGACGUCCAGCUUGCUGACCUGAAAGGCAAGGCAGGCAGUACGGGCAUCAAAGGGCACUUGCCCAAGGUCCACAUGCCCAGCAUCAAAAUGCCCCAAAUGCCCAAAGCAGACAUCAAAGGCCCCAAAGUGGACAUAAGUAUGCCCAGCGUAGAAGUGUCCCUGCCCAAGGGCAAGGUUGACAUCAAGAGCCCUGAAGUGGAGGUGGAGGGAGUAAAGAUGGAAGGGGACAUCAAACUGGGAGACAAGGACGUGGAGGGCAAAGACAGCAGGUUCAAAAUGCCCAAAUUCAAGAUGCCAUCCUUUGGAAUUUCUGGUCCCAGCAAGGAAGGGGCAGCAUCCAUGGAUGUGUCACUGCCCAAGGUAGAGCUGGAUGUGUCCCUGCCCUCAGUGCAGGGCGAUUCCAAGCCUGGCGACCUGAGUGUGGAGGUGCCCUCAGUAGAGGUGGACAUCAAAAGGGUGGACAUAGAAGGCCAGAUGCCUGAGGCAGAUGUCCAACUCAGCGACAUGAAAGGCAAGGCAGGUGAUGCGGGCAUCAAAGGGCACUUGCCCAAGGUCCACAUGCCCAGCAUCAAAAUGCGCCAAAUGCCGAAAGCAGACAUCAAAGCCCCCAAAGUGGACAUCAGCAUGCCCAGCGUAGACAUGUCCCUGCCCAAGGGCAAGGUCGAAAUCAAGAGCCCUGAAGUGGAGGUGGAAGGAGUCAAGGUGAAAGGGGACAUCAAACUGGGAGACAAGGAAGUGGAGGGCAAGGACAGCAAGUUCAAAAUGCCCAAAUUCAAGAUGCCAUCCUUUGGGGUUUCUGGUCCCAGCAAGGAAGGGGCAGCAUCCCUGGACGUAUCACUGCCCAAGGCAGAGCUGGAUGUUUCCCUGCCCUCUAUGAAGGCCGAUGCCAAGGCUGGCGACCUGAGUGUGGAGGUGCCCUCAAUGGAGGUAGACAUCACAGGGAUAGACAUAGAAGGCCAGCUGCCUGAGGCAGAUGUCCAACUCAGCGACACGAAAGGCAAGGCAGGUGGUGCGGGCAUCAAAGUCCACAUGCCCAGCAUCAAAAUGCCCCAAAUGCCCAAAGCAGACAUCAAAGGCCCCAAAGUGGACAUCAGCAUGCCCAGCGUUGACGUGUCCCUGCCCAAGGGCAAGGUCGAAAUCAAGAGCCCUGAAGUGGAGGUGGAGGGAGUCAAGGUGAAAGGGGACAUCAAACUGGGAGACAAGGACGUGGAGGGCAAAGACAGCAAGUUCAAAAUGCCCAAAUUCAAGAUGCCAUCCUUUGGAAUUUCUGCUCCCAGCAAGGAAGUGGCAGCAUCCGUGGAUGUGUCACUGCCCAAGGUAGAGCUCGAUGUGUCACUGCCCUCGGUGCAGGGCGAUUCCAAGCCUGGCGACCUGAGUGUGAAGGUGACCUCAGUGGAGGUGGACGUCAAAGGGGUGGACAUAGAAGGCCAGCUGCCUGAGGCAGACGUCCAGCUCAGCGACCAGAAAGGCAAGGCAGGCGGUGUGAGCAUCAAAGGGCACAUGCCUAAGGUCCACAUGCCCAGCAUCAAAAUGUCCCAAAUGCCCAAAGCAGACAUCAAAGGUCCCAAAGUGGACAUCAGCAUGCCCAGCGUAGACGUGUCCCUGCCCACGGGCAAGGUUGAAAUCAAGAGCCCUGAAGUCGAGGUGGAGGGAGUCAAGGUGGAAGGGGACAUCAAACUGGGAGAUAAGGACAUAGAGGGCAAGGACAGCAAGUUCAAAAUGCCCAAAUUCAAGAUGCCAUCCUUUGGAGUUUCUGCUCCUAGCAAGGAAAUGGCAGCAUCCGUGGAUGUGUCCCUGCCCAGGGCAGAGCUGGAUGCGUCCCUACCCUCUGUGCAGGGUGAUGCCAAGGCUGACAACCUGAGUGUGAAGCUGCCGUCAGUGGAGGUGGACAUCGGAGGUGUGGUCACAGAAGGCCAGAUGCCCAAGGCAGACAUCCAGCUUGACGACCUGAAAGGCAAGGCAGGUGGUACAGAUAUCAAAGGGCACUUGCCCAAGGUCCACAUGCCCAGCAUCAAAAUGCCCCAAAUGCCCAAAGCAGAUAUCAAAGUUCCCAAAGUGGACAUCAGCAUGCCCAGCAUAGACAUGUCCCUACCCACAGGCAAUGUUGAAAUCAAGAGCCCUGGAGUCGAGGUGGAGGGAGUCAAGGUGGAAGGGGACAUCAAACUGGGAGACAAGGAUGUGGAGGGCAAGGACAGCAAGUUAAAAAUGCCCAAAUUCAGGAUGCCAUCCUUUGGAGUUUCUUCUCCCAGCAAGGAAGGGGCAGCAUCCGUGGAUGUGUCCCUGCCCUCGGUGCAGGGCGAUGCCAAGCCUGGCGACCUGAGUGUGGAGGUGCCCUCAGUAGAGGUGGACAUCAAAGGGGUGGACAUAGAAGGCCAGAUGCCCGAGGCAGAUGUCCAACUCAGUGACAUGAAAGGCAAGGCAGGUGAUGUGGGCAUCAAAGGGCAAAUGCCCAAGGUCCACAUGCCCAGCAUCAAAAUGCCCCAAAUGCCCAAAGCAGACAUCAAAGGCCCCAAAGUGGACAUCAGCAUGCCCAGCGUUGACCUAUCCAUGCCCAAGGGCAAGGUCGAAAUCAAGAGCCCUGAAGUGGAGGUGGAGGGAGUCAAGGUGAAAGGGGACAUCAAACUGGGAGACAGGGAAGCGGAGGGCAAGGACAGCAAGUUCAAAAUGCCCAAAUUCAAGAUGCCAUCCUUCAGAGUUUCUGGUCCCAGCAAGGAAGGGGCAGCAUCCCUGGACGUAUCACUGCCCAAGGCAGAGCUGGAUGUUUCCCUGCACUCUAUGAAGGCCGGUGCCAAGGCUGGCGACCUGAGUGUGGAGGUGCCCUCAGUGGAGGUGGACAUCAAAGCGGUAGACUUAGAAGGCCAGCUGCCUGAGGCAGACAUCCAGCUCGGCGACCUGAAAGGCAAGGCAGGUGGUGAGGGCAUGAAAGUCUACAUGCCCAGCAUCAAAAUGCCCCAAAUGCCCAAAGCAGACAUCAAAUGCCCCAAAGUGGACAUCAGCAUGCCCAGCGUAGACGUGUCCCUGCCAAAGGGCAAGGUCGACAUCAAGUGCCCUGAAGUCGAGGUAGAGGGAGUCAAGGUGAAAGGGGACAUCAAACUGGGAGACAAGGAGGUGGAGGGCAAGGACAGCAAGUUCAAAAUGCCCACAUUCAAGAUGCCAUCCUUCGGAGUUUCUGGUCCCAGCAAGGAAGGGGCAGCAUCCCUGGACGUAUCACUGCCCAAGGCAGAGCUGGAUGUUUCCCUGCCCUCUAUGAAGGCCGGUGCCAAGGCUGGCGACCUGAGUGUGGAGGUGCCCUCAGUGGAGGUGGACAUCAAAGGGGUAGACAUAGAAAGCCAGCUGCCUGAGGCAGACGUCCAGCUCAGCGACCUGAAAGGCAAGGCAGGUGGUACAGAUAUCAAAGGGCACUUGCCCAAGGUCCACAUGCCCAACAUCAAAAUGCCCCAAUUGCCCAAAGCAGAUAUCAAAGGGCCCAAAGUGGACAUCAGCAUGCCCAGCGUAGACAUGUCCCUACCCGCGGGCAAGGUCGACAUCAAGAGCCCUGAAGUCGAGGUGGAAGGAGUCAAGGUGGAAGGGGGCAUCAAAGUGGGAGACAAGGAGGUAGAGGUCAAGGACAGCAAGUUCAAAAUGCCCAAAUUCAAGAUGCCAUCCUUUGGAGUUUCUUCUCCCAGCAAGGAAAUGGCAGCAUCCAUGGAUGUGUUACUGCCCAAGGUAGAGCUGGAUGUGUCCCUGCCCUCAGUGCAGGGCGAUGCCAAGCCUGGCGACCUGAGUGUGGAGGUGCCCUCAGUAGAGGUGGACGUCAAAGGGGUGGACAUAGAAGGCCAGAUGCCCGGGGCAGAUGUCCAACUCAGCGAAAUGAAAGGCAAGGCAGGUGAUGUGGGCAUCAAAGGGCAAAUGCCCAAGGUCCACAUGCCCAGCAUCAAAAUGCCCCAAAUGCCCAAAGCAGACAUCAAAGGCCCCAAAGUGGACAUCAGCAUGCCUGGCGUAGACAUGUCCCGGCCCAAGGGCAAGGUUGAAAUCAAGAGUCCUGAAGUGGAGGUAGAGGGAGUCAAGGUGAAAGGGGACAUCAAACUGGGAGACAAGGAAGUGGAGGGCAAGGACAGCAAGUUCAAAAUGCCCAAAUUCAAGAUGCCAUCCUUCAGGGUUUCUGGUCCCAGCAAAGAAGGGGCAGCAUCCCUGGAUGCAUCACUGCCCAAGGCAGAGCUGGAUGUUUCCCUGCCCUCUAUGAAGGCCGAUGCCACGGCUGGCGACCUGAGUGUGGAGGUGCCCUCAGUGGAGGUGGACAUCAAAGGGGUAGACAUAGAAGGCCAGCUGCCUGAGGCAGACGUCCAGCUCAGAGACCUGAAAGGCAAGGCAGGUGGUGGGGGCAUGAAAGUCCACAUGCCCAGCAUCAAAAUGCCCCAAAUGCCCAAAGCAGACAUCAAAGGCCCCAAAGUGGACAUCAGCAUGCCCAGCAUAGACGUGUCCCUGCCCACGGGCAAGGUCGACAUCAAGAGCCCUGAAGUCGAGGUGGAGGGAGUCAAGGUGGAAGGGGGCAUCAAACUGGGGGACAAGGACGUGGAGGGCAAGGACAGCAAGUUCAAAAUGCCCAAAUUCAAGAUGCCAUCCUUUGGAGUUUCUGGUCCCAGCAAGGAAAGGGUAGCAUCCCUGGACGUAUCACUGCCCAAGGCAGAGCUGGAUGUUUCCCUGCCCUCUAUGAAGGCCGAUGCCAUGUCUGGCGACCUGAGUGUGGAGGUGCCCUCAGUGGAGGUGGACAUCAAAGGGGUAGACAUAGAAGGCCAGCUGCCUGAGGCAGACGUCCAGCUCAGCGACCUGAAAGGCAAGGCAGGUGGUGGGGGCAUGAAAGUCCACAUGCCCAGCAUCAAAAUGCCCCAAAUGCCCAAAGCAGACAUCAAAGGCCCCAAAGUGGACAUCAGCAUGCCCAGCAUUGACCUAUCCAUGCCCAAGACAGAUAUCAAAGGGCCCAAAGUGGACAUCAGCAUGCCCAGCGUAGACAUGUCCCUACCCGCGGGCAAGGUCGACAUCAAGAGCCCUGAAGUCGAGGUGGAGGGAGUCAAGGUGGAAGGGGGCAUCAAACUGGGGGACAAGGACGUGGAGGGCAACGACAGCAAGUUCAAAAUGCCCAAAUUCAAGAUGCCAUCCUUUGGAGUUUCUUCUCCCAGCAAGGAAGUGUCAGCAUCCAUGGAUGUGUCACUGCCCAAGGUAGAGCUGGAUGUGUCCCUGCCCUCAGUGCAGGGCGAUGCCAAGCCUGGCGACCUGAGUGUGGAUGUGCCCUCAGUAGAGGUGGACAUCAAAGGGGCGGACAUAGAAGGCCAGAUGCCCGAGGCAGAUGUCCAACUCAGCGACAUGAAAGGCAAGGCAGGUGAUGUGGGCAUCAAAGGGCACUUGCCCAAGGUCCACAUGCCCAGCAUCAAAAUGCCCCAAAUGCCCAAAGCAGACAUCAAAGGCCCCAAAGUGGACAUCAGCAUGCCCGGCGUAGACGUGUCCCUGCCCACGGGCAAGGUUGAAAUCAAGAGCCCUGAAGUGGAGGUGGAGGGAGUCAAGGUGAAAGGGGACAUCAAACUGGGAGACAGGGAAGCGGAGGGCAAGGACAGCAAGUUCAAAAUGCCCAAAUUCAAGAUGCCAUCCUUCAGAGUUUCUGGUCCCAGCAAGGAAGGGGCAGCAUCCCUGGACGUAUCACUGCCCAAGGCAGAGCUGGAUGUUUCCCUGCCCUCUAUGAAGGCCGAUGCCAAGGCUGGCGACCUGAGUGUGGAGGUGCCCUCAGUGGAGGUGGACAUCAAAGGGGUAGACAUAGAUAGCCAGCUGCCUGAGGCAGAUGUCCAGCUCGGCGACCUGAAAGGCAAGGCAGGUGGUGGGGGCAUGAAAGUCCACAUGCCCAGCAUCAAAAUGUCCCAAAUGCCCAAAGCAGACAUCAAAGGCCCCAAAGUGGACAUCAGCAUGCCCAGCGUUGACCUAUCCAUGCCCAAGAGUAAGGUCGACAUGAAGAGCCCUGAAGUGGAGGUGGAAGGAGUCAAGGUGAAGGGGGACAUCAAACUGGGAGACAGGGAAGCGGAGGGCAAGGACAGCAAGUUCAAAAUGCCCAAAUUCAAGAUGCCAUCCUUUGGAGUUUCAGCUCCCAGCAAGGAAGGGGCAGCAUCCCUGGACGUAUCACUGCCCAAGGCAGAGCUGGAUGUUUCCCUGCCCUCUAUGAAGGCCGGUGCCAAGGCUGGCGACCUGAGUGUGGAGGUGCCCUCAGUGGAGGUGGACAUCAAAGGGAUAGACAUAGAAGGACAGCUGCCUGAGGCAGACAUCCAGCUCGGCGACCUGAAAGGCAAGGCAGGUGGUACAGAUAUCAAAGGGCACUUGCCCAAGGUCCACAUGCCCAGCAUCAAAAUGCCCCAAAUGCCCAAAGCAGAUAUCAAAGGCCCCAAAGUGGACAUCAGCAUGCCCAGCUUAGACGUGUCCCUGCCAACGGGCAAGGUUGACAUCAAGAGCCCUGAAGUCGAGGUGGAGGGAGUCAAGGUGGAAGGGGGCAUCAAACUGGGGGACAAGGACGUGGAGGGCAACGACAGCAAAUUCAAAAUGCCCAAAUUCAAGAUGCCAUCCUUUGGAGUUUCUUCUCCCAGCAGGGAAGUGUCAGCAUCCAUGGAUGUGUCACUGCCCAAGGUAGAGCUGGAUGUGUCCCUGCCCUCAGUGCAGGGCGAUGCCAAGCCUGGCGACCUGAGUGUGGAGGUGCCCUCAGUAGAGGUGGACAUCAAAGUGGCGGACAUAGAAGGCCAGAUACCCGAGGCAGAUGUCCAACUCAGCGACAUGAAAGGCAAGGCAGGUGAUGUGGGCAUCAAAGGGCACUUGCCCAAGGUCCACAUGCCCAGCAUCAAAAUGCCCCAAAUGCCCAAAGCAGAUAUCAAAGGCCCCAAAGUGGACAUCAGCAUGCCCAGCUUAGACGUGUCCCUGCCCAAGGGCAAGGUUGACAUCAAGAGCCCUGAAGUCGAGGUGGAGGGAGUCAAGGUGGAAGGGGGCAUCAAACUGGGGGACAAGGACAUGGAGGGCAAUGACAGCAAGUUCAAAAUGCCCAAAUUCAAGAUGCCAUCCUUUGGAGUUUCUUCUCCCAGCAAGGAAGUGUCAGCAUCCAUGGAUGUGUCACUGCCCAAGGUAGAGCUGGAUGUGUCCCUGCCCUCAGUGCAGGGCGAUGCCAAGCCUGGCGACCUGAGCGUGGAGGUACCCUCAGUAGAGGUGGACAUCAAAGGGGUGGACAUAGAAGGCCAGAUGCCCGAGGCAGAUGUCCAACUCAGUGACACGAAAGGCAAGGCAGGUGAUGUGGGCAUCAAAGGGCACUUGCCCAAGGUCCACAUGCCCAGCAUCAAAAUGCCCCAAAUGCCCAAAGCAGACAUCAAAGGCCCCAAAGUGGACAUCAGCAUGCCCAGCGUUGACCUAUCCAUGCCCAAGAGUAAGGUCGACAUCAAGAGCCCUGAAGUGGAGGUGGAAGGAGUCAAGGUGAAAGGGGACAUCAAACUGGGAGACAGGGAAGCGGAGGGCAAGGACAGCAAGUUCAAAAUGCCCAAAUUCAAGAUGCCAUCCUUCGGAGUUUCUGGUCCCAGCAAGGAAGGGGCAGCAUCCCUGGACGUAUCACUGCCCAAGGCAGAGCUGGAUGUUUCCCUGCCCUCUAUGAAGGCCGGUGCCAAGGCUGGCAACCUGAGUGUGGGGGUGCCCUCAGUGGAGGUGGACAUCAAAGGGAUAGACAUAGAAGGACAGCUGCCUGAAGCAGACCUCCAGCUCAGCGACCUGAAAGGCAAGGCAGGUGGUACAGAUAUCAAAGGGCACUUGCCCAAGGUCCACAUGCCCAGCAUCAAAAUGCCCCAAAUGCCCAAAGCAGAUAUCAAAGGCCCCAAAGUGGACAUCAGCAUGCCCAGCUUAGACGUGUCACUGCCAACGGGCAAGGUUGACAUCAAGAGCCCUGAAGUCGAGGUGGAAGGAGUCAAGGUGGAAGGGGGCAUCAAACUGGGGGACAAGGACGUGGAGGGCAACGACAGCAAGUUCAAAAUGCCCCAAUUCAAGAUGCCAUCCUUUGGAGUUUCUUCUCCCAGCAAGGAAGUGUCAGCAUCCGUGGAUGUGUCACUGCCCAAGGUAGAGCUGGAUGUGUCCCUGCCCUCAGUGCAGGGCGAUGCCAAGCCUGGCGACCUGAGUGUGGAGGUGCCCUCAGUAGAGGUGGACAUCAAAGGGGUGGACAUAGAAGGCCAGAUGCCCGAGGCAGAUGUCCAACUCAGUGACAUGAACGGCAAGGCAGGUGAUGUGGGCAUCAAAGGGCACUUGCCCAAGGUCCACAUGCCCAGCAUCAAAAUGCCCCAAAUGCCCAAAGCAGACAUCAAAGCCCCCAAAGUGGACAUCAGCAUGCCCAGUGUAGACAUGUCCCUGCCCAAGGGCAAGGUCGAAAUCAAGAGCCCUGAAGUGGAGGUGGAGGGAGUCAAGGUGAAAGGGGACAUCAAACUGGGAGACAGGGAAGCGGAGGGCAAGGACAGCAAGUUCAAAAUGCCCAAAUUCAAGAUGCCAUCCUUCGGAGUUUCUGGUCCCAGCAAGGAAGGGGCAGCAUCCCUGGACGUAUCACUGCCCAAGGCAGAGCUGGAUGUUUCCCUGCCCUCUAUGAAGGCCGAUGCCAUGUCUGGCGACCUGAGUGUGGAGGUGCCCUCAGUGGAGGUGGACAUCAAAGGGGUAGACAUAGAAGGCCAGCUGCCUGAGGCAGACGUCCAGCUCGGCGACCUGAAAGGCAAGGCAGGUGGUGCGGGCAUGAAAGUCCACAUGCCCAGCAUCAAAAUGCCCCAAAUGCCCAAAGCAGACAUCAAAGGCCCCAAAGUGGACAUCAGCAUGCCCAGCGUUGACCUAUCCAUGCCCAAGAGUAAGGUUGACAUCAAGAGCCCUGAAGUCGAGGUGGAGGGAGUCAAGGUGGAAGGGGGCAUCAAACUGGGGGACAAGGACAUGGAGGGCAAGGACAGCAAGUUCAAAAUGCCCAAAUUCAAGAUGCCAUCCUUUGGAGUUUCUUUUCCCAGCAAGGAAGGGGCUGCAUCCAUGGAUGUGUCACUGCCCAAGGUAGAGCUGGAUGUGUCCCUGCCCUCAGUACAGGGCGAUGCCAAGUCUGGCGACCUGAGUGUGGAGGUGCCCUCAGUGGAGGUGGACCUCAAAGCAGUAGACAUAGAAGGCCAGCUGCCUGAGGCAGACGUCCAGCUCGGCGACCUGAAAGGCAAGGCAGGUGGUGCGGGCAUCAAAGUCCACAUGCCCAGCAUCAAAAUGCCCCAAAUGCCCAAAGCAGACAUCAAAGGCCCCAAAGUGGACAUCAGCAUGCCCAGUGUAGACGUGUCCCUGCCGAAGGGCAAGGUCGACAUCAAGAGCCCUGAAGUCGAGGUAGAGGGAGUCAAGGUGAAAGGGGACAUCAAACUGGGAGACAAGGAGGUGGAGGGCAAGGACAGCAAGUUCAAAAUGCCCAAAUUCAAGAUGCCAUCCUUUGGAGUUUCUGCUCCCAGCAAGGAAGGGGCAGCAUCCCUGGACGUAUCAGUGCCCAAGGCAGAGCUGGAUGUUUCCCUGCCCUCUAUGAAGGCCGAUGCCAUGUCUGGCGACCUGAGUGUGGAGGUGCCCUCAUUGGAGGUGGACAUCAAAGGGGUAGACAUAGAUGGCCAGCUGCUUGAGGCAGACGUCCAGCUCAGCGACCUGAAAGGCAAGGCAGGUGGUACAGAUAUUAAAGGGCACAUGCCCAAGGUCCACAUGCCCAGCAUCAAAAUAUCCCAAAUGCCCAAAGCAGAUAUCAAAGGCCCCAAAGUGGACAUCAGCAUGCCCAGCGUAGACGUGUCCCUGCCCAAGGGCAAGGUCGAAAUCAAGAGCCCUGAAGUGGAGGUGGAGGGAGUCAAUGUGAAAGGGGACAUCAAACUGGGGGACAAGGACGUGGAGGGCAAGGACAGCAAGUUCAAAAUGCCCAAAUUCAAGAUGCCAUCCUUCGGAGUUUCUGGUCCCAGCAAGGAAGGGGCAGCAUCCCUGGACGUAUCACUGCCCAAGGCAGAGCUGGAUGUUUCCCUGCCCUCUAUGAAGGCCGGUGCCAAGGCUGGGGACCUGAGUGUGGAGGUGCCCUCAGUGGAGGUGGACAUCAAAGGCGUAGACACAGAAGACCAGCUGCCUGAGGCAGACGUCCAGCUGCGCGACAAGAAAGGCAAGGCAGGUGAUGUGGGCAUGAAAGUCCACAUGCCCAGCAUCAAAAUGCCCCAAAUGCCCAAAGCAGACAUCAGAAAACCCAAAGUAGACAUCAGCAUGCCCAGCGUAGAUGUGUCCUUGCCCAAGGGAAAGGUCGACAUCAAGAGCCCUGAAGUCGAGGUGGAGGGAGUCAAGCUGGAAGAGGACAUCAAAGUGGGAGACAAGGAGGUAGAGGGCAAGGACAGCAAGAUCAAAAUGCCUAAAUUCAAGAUGCCCUCCUUUGGAGUUUCUACUCCCAGCAAGGAAGUGACAGCGUCUGUGGACAUGUCCCAGCCCAAGGCAGAACAGGAUGUGUCCCUGGGCGAUACCAAGGCUGGAAAACUGAGUGUGGAGCUGCCCUCAGUGGAGGUGGACAUUAAAGGGGUAGACAUAGAAGGCCAGAUGCCCGAGAGAGACGUCCAGCUCGGUGACCUGAAAGGCAAGGCAGGUGAUGCGGGCAUCAAAGUCCACAUGCCCAGCAUCAAAAUGCCUCACAUGCCCAAAGCAGACAUCAAAAGCCCCAAAGUGGACAUCAGCAUGCCCAGUGUAGACAUUUCCCUGCCAAAGGGUAAGGUCGACAUCAAGAGUCCUGACGUUGAGGUGGAGGGAGUUAAGGUGAAAGGGGACAUCAAAGUGGGAGACAAGGAUGUGGAGGGCAAGGACAGCAAGUUCAAAAUGCCCAAAUUCAAGAUGCCAUCCUUUGGAGUUUCUGCUCCCAGCAAGGAAGGGGCAGCAUCCAUUGACGUGUCCCUGGGCCAUGCCAAGGCUGGCGACCUGAGUGUGGAGCUGCCUUCAGUGGAGGUGGAUGUAAAAGGCAUGGACAUAGAAGGCCAGCUGCCUGAGGCAGAUGUCCAGCUUAGUGACCUGAAAGGCAAGUCAGGUGGUGCGGACAUCAAAGGGCACUUGCCCAAGGUUCACAUGCCCAGUAUCAAAAUGCCCCAAAUGUCCAAAGCAGACAUCAAAGGCCCUAAAGUGGAUAUCAGAAUGCCCAGCAUUGACGUGUCCCUCCCCAAGAGCAAGGUCGACAUCAAGAGCCCUGAAUUCAAAGUGGAGGGAGUCAAGCUGGAAGAAGACAUCAAAGUGGGAGACAAGGAGGUGGAGGGCAAGGACAGCAAGUUCAAAAUGCCCAAAUUCAAGACGCCAUCCUUUGGAGUUUCUGGUCCCAGCAAGGAAGGGGAAGCAUCCCUGGACGUAUCACUGCCCAAGGCAGAGCUGGAUGUGUCCCUGGGCGAUGUCAAGGCUGGCAAACUGAGCGUGGAGCUGCCCUCAGUGGAGGUGGACGUCAAAGGGGUGGACAUAGAAGGCCAGGUGCCCGAGGCAGAUGUCCAGCUUGGUGACCUGAAAGACAAGGCAGGUGGUGCAGACAUCAAAGGGCACUUGCCCAAGGUCCACAUGCCCAGUAUCAAAAUGCCCCAAAUGCCCAAAGCAGACAUCCAAGGCCCUAAAGUGGACAUCAGCAUGCCCAGCAUAGCCGUGUCCCUGCCCAAGGGCAAGGUCGACAUCAAGAGCCCUGACGUCGAGGUGGAGGGAGUCAAGGUAGAAGGGGACAUCAAAGUGGGAGACAAGGAGGUGGAGGGCAAGGACAGCAAGUUCAAAAUGCCCAAAUUCAAGAUGCCAUCCUUUGGGGUUUCUGGUCCCAGCAAGGAAGGUGCAGCGUCUGUGGACGUGUCCCUGCCCAAGGCAGAGCUGGAUGUCUCCCUGGGCGAUUCCAAGGCUGGCAAACUGAGCGUGGAGCUGCCCUCAGUGGAGGUGGACGUCAAAGGGGUGGACAUAGAAGGCCAGGUGCCCGAGGCAGAUGUCCAGCUUGGUGACCUGAAAGACAAGGCAGGUGGUGCAGACAUCAAAGGGCACUUGCCCAAGGUCCACAUGCCCAGUAUCAAAAUGCCCCAAAUGCCCAAAGCAGACAUCCAAGGCCCUAAAGUGGACAUCAGCAUGCCCAGCAUAGCCGUGUCCCUGCCCAAGGGCAAGGUCGACAUCAAGAGCCCUGACGUCGAGGUGGAGGGAGUCAAGGUAGAAGGGGACAUCAAAGUGGGAGACAAGGAGGUGGAGGGCAAGGACAGCAAGUUCAAAAUGCCCAAAUUCAAGAUGCCAUCCUUUGGGGUUUCUGGUCCCAGCAAGGAAGGUGCAGCGUCUGUGGACGUGUCCCUGCCCAAGGCAGAGCUGGAUGUCUCCCUGGGCGAUUCCAAGGCUGGCAAACUGAGCGUGGAGCUGCCCUCAGUGGAGGUGGACGUUAAAGGGGUGGACAUAGAAGGCCAGCUGCCCGAGGCAGACUUCCGGCUCGGCGACAUGAAAGGCAAGGCAAGUGAUGCGGGUAUCAAAGUCCACAUGCCCAGCGUCAAAAUGCCCCAAAUGCCCAAAGUAGACAUCAAAAGUCCCAAAGUGGACAUCAGCAUGCCCAGCGUAGAUGUGUCCAUGCCCAAGAGUAAGGUCAACAUCAAGAGCCCUGAAGUGGAGGUGGAGGGAGUCAAAGUGAAAGGGGACCUCAAACUGGGAGACAAGGGCAUGGAGGGCAAGGACAGCAAGUUCAAAAUGCCCAAAUUCAAGAUGCCAUCCUUUGGAGUUUCUGCUCCCAGCAAGGAAGGGGCAGCAUCCCUGGAUGUGUCACUGCCCAAGGCAGAGCUGGAUGUCUCCCUGGGCGAUGCCAAGGCUGGCGACCUGAGUGUGGAGCUGCCCUCCAUGGAGGUGGAUGUCAAAGGGGUACACAUAGAAGGCCAGCUGCCCGAGGAAGACGUCCAACUUGGCGACCUGAAAGGCAAGGCAGGGGGUGCAGACAUCAAAGGGCACUUGCCCAAGGUCCACAUGCCCAGCAUCAAAAUGCCCCAAGUGCCCAAAGCAGAAAUCAAAGGCCCCAAAGUGGACAUCAGCAUGCCCAGCGUUGACAUGUCCCUGCCCAAGGGAAAGGUCGACAUCAAGAGCCCUGAAGUCGAGGUGGAGGGAGUCAAGGUAGAAGGGGACAUCAAAGUGGGAGACAAGGAGGUGGAGGGCAAGGACAGCAAGUUCAAAAUGCCCAAAUUCAAGAUGCCAUCCUUUGGGGUUUCUGCUCCCAGCAAGGAAGGUGCAGCGUCUGUGGACGUGUCCCUGCCCAAGGCAGAGCUGGAUGUGUCCCUGGGCGAUGCCAAGGCUGGCAAACUGAGCGUGGAGCUGCCCUCAGUGGAGGUGGACGUUAAAGGGGUGGACAUAGAAGGCCAGCUGCCUGAGGCAGACGUCCGGCUCGGCGACAUGAAAGGCAAGGCAAGUGAUGCGGGUAUCAAAGUCCACAUGCCCAGCGUCAAAAUGCCCCAAAUGCCCAAAGUAGACAUCAAAAGUCCCAAAGUGGACAUCAACAUGCCCAGCGUAGACAUGUCCCUGCCCAAGAGUAAGGUCGACAUCAAGAGCUCUGAAGUGGAGGUGGAGGGAGUCAAAGUGAAAGGAGACCUCAAACUGGGAGACAAGGGCAUGGAGGGCAAGGACAGCAAGUUCAAAAUGCCCAAAUUCAAGAUGCCAUCCUUUGGAGUUUCUGCUCCCAGCAAGGAAGGGGCAGCAUCCCUGGAUGUGUCACUGCCCAAGGCAGAGCUGGAUGUCUCCCUGGGUGAUGCCAAGGCUGGCGACCUUAGUGUGGAGCUGCCCUCAGUGGAGGUGGAAGUCAAAGGGGUGGACAUAGAAGGCCAGGUGCCCGAGGCAGAUGUCCAACUUGGUGACCUGAAAGGCAAGGCAGGUGGUGCGGGCAUCAAAGGGCACUUGCCCAAGGUCCACUUGCCAAGCAUCAAAAUGCCCCAAAUGUCCAAAGCACACAUCAGGGGUCCCAAAGUGGACAUCAGCAUGCCCAGCGUAGACGUGUCCAUGCCCAAAGACAAGGUCGACAUCAAGAGCCCUGAAGUGGAGGUGGAGGGAGUCAGGGUGGAAGGGGACAUCAAACUGGGAGACAAGGAAGUGGAGGGCAAGGACAGCAAGUUCAAGAUGCCCAAAUUCAAGAUGCCAUCCUUUGGAGUUUCUGCUCCCAGCAAGGAAGGGGCAGCGUCCGUGGACGUGUCCAUGCCCAAGGCAGAACUGGAUGUGUCCCUGCCUUCUGUGCAGGGCGAUUCCAAGGCUGGCGACCUGAGUGUGGAGCUGCCCUCAGUGGAGGUGGAUGUCAAAAGGGUGGAUAUAGAAGGCCAGCUGCCCGAGGCAGAUGUCCAGCUUGGUGACCUGAAAUGCAAGGCAGGAGGUGCGGGCAUCCAAGUCCACAUGCCUAGCAUCAAAAUGCCCCAAAUGUCCAAAGCACACAUCAAAGGCCCCAAAGUGGACAUCAGCAUGCCCAGUGUAGACGUGUCCCUGCCCAAGAGCAAGGUCGACACCAAUAGCCCUGAAUUGGAGGUGGAGGGAGUCAAGGUGAAAGGGGACAUCAAAGUGGGAGACAAAGAGGUGGAGGGCAAGGACAGCAAAUUCAAAAUGCCCAAAUUCAAGAUGCCAUCCUUUGGAGUUUCUGUUCCCAGCAAGGAAGGGGCAGCGUCUGUGGAUGUGUCCCUGCCCAAGGCAGAGCUAGAUGUCUCCCUGGGCGAUGCCAAGGCUGGUGACUUGAGAGUGGAGCUGCCCUCAGUGGAGGUGGAAGUCAAAGGGGUGGACAUAGAAGGCCAGCUCCCCGAGGCAGACGUCCAGCUUGGCGACCUGAAAGGCAAGGCAGGCAGUGCAGGCAUCAAAGGGCACUUGCCCAAGGUCCACAUGCCAAGCAUCAAAAUGCCCCAGAUGCCCAGUGCAGACAUCAGAAGCCCCAAAGUGAGCAUCAGCAUGCCCAGCGUAGACGUUUCCCUCCCAAAGUAUAAGGUCGACAUCAAGAGCCCUGAAAUCAAGGUGGAGGGAGUCAAGAUGGAAGGGGACAUCAAACUGGGAGACAAGGAGAUAGAGGGCAAGGACAGCAAGUUAAAAAUGCCCAAAUUCAAGAUGCCAUCCUUUGGAGUUUCUGCUCCCAGCAAGGAAGAGGCAGUGUCUGUGGACGUGUCCCUGUCCAAGGCAGAGCUGGAUGCGUCCCUGCCCUCUAUGAAGGUCGAUGCCAAGGCUGACAACCUGAGUGUGGAGCUGCCCUCAGUUGAGGUGGACGUCGAAGGGGUGGACAUAGAAGGCCAGCUGCCCGAGGAAGACGUCCAACUUGGCGACCUGAAAGGCAAGGCAGGUGGUGCAGACAUCAAAGGGCACUUGCCCAAGGUCCACAUGCCCAGUAUCAAAAUGCCCCAAAUGCCCAAAGCUGACAUCAAAGUCCCCAAAGUGGACAUCAGCAUGCCCAGCGUAGACGUGUCCUUGCCCAAGGGCACGGUUGACAUAAAGAGCCCUGAAUUAGAGGUGGAGGUGAUCAAGGUGGAAGGGGAAAUCAAAUUGGGAGACAAGGACAUAGAGGGCAAGGACAGCAAGUUUAAGAUGCCAAAAUUCAAGAUGCCCUCUUUUGGUUCUUCUCAUCGCAAGAUUUCUAAAACUUCUGUUGACUCUUCUUCUAGCCUUGCUGUUUCCCACUUGUCUGAACAUUCUCAUGAUCUUACUAUUAAGGCCUCUGACUCAACUUCUUCCUCUGCUCAGGAUGAUAGCCAUUUUAAAGAACCUGAAGGAAGCAGAAUCAAAGUUCAGAUGCCCAAAGUAACCCUUCCCAGCAUUGGUUUUUCCAAGGGUGAUGGUAAAGUUUCCAAAACCAGCCUACCUGUAGGUUUAUCUCAGGCAGAGGAUAUCAGCUCCUCUGUGGAUUCAUCCUUUCCAAACCUUUCUGCACCAUUGCAUGGAAUCUCUGCUGAAAUCCCCACUUUUGAUAUCCUUGUACCACAAGCAGAUGGUGAAAAAUUCAUCUCUAAGGUACAACCGUCCCAAAUCCAACUGCCUAAAGCUGAUGUUCCAAGGCCUCAUUUGGAGGGGAACCUUAAGUCAUUGGAUGUGAAAAUUUCCUCAACAAAACCUGACUCAGAUAUUAGUCUUUCUAAAGGUGAGACUCCAGAAGGAGAAGUUGAUGCGAACAUUGAAAUUUCCAGUUCAUGUGAUACACGUCAACGGCAUAUAGAAUUCCCUGGGGUUAUGCUCCCUGGGUUGAGUUUUACUAAAAUUAACAUCAGCAGUCCCCACACUGAAUCUGCCGGAACCAGAGUGAAGGAGGACAUCACCCUCACAAAAUACGAGGUUAUUCUUCCCAUGUCAGGCUCUCAUGAUACUCCUUCCCUCCCUCAGUCUGAUACCGAAGAGCCAGAGACCUCAGUUUCCACAGGAUAUGGAAGCGUGCAGAAUCUUCCUUAUGCCACUGCUGGAAUGAUUAAAUUUCCCAAGUUUUACAAACCAAAGUUUGGGGUUUCUGUCUCCAAGCCCUUGGAGGUCUCCUACACUCAAGAACCUCCCAAGUUGGCAAUGGAGGUGACAGCCCAUGGGGUGCCAUCUUUUAUCCCCAAGAGAGAAAUUAUACCAUCUGCUGAGACGGUUAAAUCAUCUGAGCACUUCAGCUCUGUCCAGAUACCUCAGGAAGUCUCUGCCCCCCUGGCACUGAGUGAUUUCCCAGAUUCAGACAUAACUCUUCAGACAAUGAAGGCAGAAGUCAAGCCUGAGGAAACAGAGUCAGAAGGGAAAGAAGGCUUCUUCAAAAUGCCCAAAUUCAAGCUCCCUUCAUUUAAUUGGUCUCCCAAGAAAGAGGUAGCUUCAAAAGGAGCUCCAGGUUCUAAGCCAAGUGAUACCAGUACCACUGUAGACAAAGAACAACCACCUGCUGAUUCAGAAACUCAGACCCCACAUCUAGAAACAGUCAUUGAUGUGUCCACUGAAAAAGAUGGCCCCAAAGAGAAGACUAAGAAGCCCCACUUUGUGAUGCCAAAGAUUGGGCUUCCCAAAGCCAAGGGCUCCAAGGCAGGGAUUGGCCUGCAGAAGGAAGCAGGAGAACUCACCCAGCCUGAGUAUGCUGCUAUGGUGGGGGCCAAUAAGAACAUUACAGACACAUCUGGCAAAAAAGGAGUGAUUGAUACAGAAGGAGUCCAAAUUGUGGUUCCUGUUGUCAUGAGACAGAGCGAAAUACAAGUCCUUAAAGGUCCUUUCCCUGGGAAAGCUACUGCUGUUGAGCCAUCAGGUGGUAAGGAGAGUGGGCAAAACCAAACUGCCCUUCCAGAUGUUCAAAUGUCCCAAACUGGCUCCUCAGUUGCUCAAGUCAAAAGCCAUGACAUCCAUAUUUCAAUACCAAAAUUGGAGGCAGACAUGUCCCAACCAACUCCUAAAGCAGACAUAGAGACAGAAACAUAUGCAGAUGUGCUAAAACGCAACAUCGAUGACAAAGGCUUGAAAUUAUGCCAGCCUACAGCUGACAUGUUGGAUUCAACAACUUCCGUAUCUCAGGUCAGGGUCACCUCUGGAGAAAGCACCACGCGCCUUCUGAUGCCCAGCCUGGGAUUUUCCACAAGUGAAACGAUAGCUCCCAGAGGAGAAAGAGGUGAGACAGUUCUUCUCAAACAUGGCAUUUCCACGACUGGACCACAAGCCAUUGCCAAAGAUGAAGAAAGUAUUAUAGGUUUAGCUGAGUCAGAAAUGGAUCUUCUCCCAACAGAAGGGCCCAUUAAACUCAAAACCUCAAGUACUGAAAUACCAUCUCAAGUUUCCGUGAUUGAAACUGGCCGGGUCUGGGAAGGCUCCGUACUGACCGUUAAAUUUCCCAAGUUACAAGUACCCAAAUUUACCUUCCAAGCCCCCAACACGGAGGCUGACAUUUUUAUCCCCAAAGUGAGGGAAAUAAUGUGCCCUGAGACAGACAUUGAGAUAGCCAUCCAUAAGGAGAGCCCAGAAGAAUGGAGCGCCAAAGUUCUCAAAGCAGUCUCCGAGGUCCCUCCUCAGCCAAGCCCCGACCCGAUAAGGCCUCCGAAAGACCUUGCCCUUUCCUCAAUAGCCUCUCCCAUUUCCAAAGUCAAGGUCCACAUUCAGGGUGCACACAUAGAAAGCCAAGAGGUCACUGUAGAAAGCCGAGUGACCUGUGAACAUGGUGAGCUCCCGAGACGAGAGACCUUUUCCACUCAGAUAGUGAGAGCCUCAGAGGUCCCUCCCUCUGAUAUUCAAACGCCUUCUUAUGGGUUUUCCCUGCUGAAGGUGAAGAUCCCCGAAUCACAUGUCAACCUGGAUGUGACUGGCAAGGAACAAGAAGCCCUCAAGUACACAAGUUCUGCAUUCAAGACGCAAGACGUCUCAGAAGACAGUUUGAGAAAAGAAGCAUCCGGAGUAGAUCCAGUAGAUCUCUCACUGGAGAGUGAACUCCAACCUGAAACAGGGGAACCAUAUGAAGUCAUCUCUUCUAGUGCCAAUUUGCCAAAGCUGAAAACAUUUACAUUUGAAGUUCACUCUUCCCAUCAAUACAUAGAUAGCUACUCUGAUGACGAGCCUGCAGAAAUCCUGGAAUUCCCCCCUGAAGAUAGCCGUGACCAAACACCACCAGAUGAAGAAGAAGAAAAGGAGCAAAAGAUCCAACUGGAAAGCAAGAAGUCUGCUGGCCUCUUCCGAUUUUGGCUUCCAAACAUUGGAUUUUCUUCUUCUGUGGAUGAGGCAAGUUCAGAUUCCAAAACUGAAGCCUCUAAGUCAGUCCCAAUAGAAACCCAGCCAGAAGCCAUGCCAGACGUUGAACCUCCGAAGAAACCAGAGAAAACCAGCUGGUUCCGAUUCCCCAAAUUAGGAUUCUCCUCUUCCCCAGCCAAGAAGAGUAAGAGUAUAGAGGAGAGUGAGGCAGAGCCCACCAAGGCAGAAUCACAGGAGGAAGCUGAGCAAACAGUCACUUUCUUUGAUGCACAGGAAACAUUAACCCCAGAAGAGAAAGAAGGGGGUGAAGGCACCACUAGCACCACCAAUGAUGAUGUCCAAGAACCAGGGGCCCUAAUUACAUCUUCUGCAAGAACUGAAUUAAUCUUACUGGAGCAGGAAGGAAAAACUGCAGGAAAAACCGUUUCUGGGCAUGUGGCCAAAUGAAGGGCAAGGUGGGUUUUCUUAGCCAUCCAAAGAGAGACUUGACAAACCAAAUUUCAAAGCUAAGUCAGUAGGAAAGACCUAUCUUGACCACACUCAUCCCUCCACAUCAGUUCAGAAAACUGAAUGUGGAAACCAAUGAGAACCCUGCAUGGGUAUCCCUUUGCUGAACACGAUGACGGUGUCUGUUGCCCCAGAGGCAAGCCACACACUCUUGAGGGAAGGGAGACCUUCAGAUGUUCUGAACACCUUCCCGGGCAGAGUUCACUGAGACUCAAAAGGGAUAGAGAUGCGCUAAGAAACAAAGACUGGAGGAAAGAUCUUGGUGAAGUUCUGCCCUCAGAAACUCACCAAGAAAAAUGUUCACAACUCUUUUGUGCAAAGGACUGUCAUGUUUACUUGGGAGUAGGUAGGGCCAAUUGUUGGUUUUGUUUCUGUCCUGCUGCUGUUACUGCUUUCUGGUGGAAAAUCUAUUAUCCUUCUUUUAGAUAGAUAGAGCCAAAGUACUCCAUGGGAUCACAUUUCCUGCAGGACAAAGCUGCUUUCUCUUUCUGUUAGAAGUCCUCACUAUAUCAAGCUUCUGGAAACUGAGAGGGCUAAGUUACGUGUGGUGGCGAGGAAAGGGAGGAGAAGGGAUAAAGGUGGUGGACCAAGGUGGGUCCAGUGCAGCAGUAAGUGGCUCUUAGAGGGCAAGAGAGUCAUAGGAGAGGAAGCCAAAGCAUCUGGGAAUUGACCCAGAAGAGGAAUCGUAGAUGGUCCUUUGCCUGUAUCUGUGACCCUCCCACCUUCCCGGGCCAUUACCGUGGUUCGCACCUUUCCUACCUGUAAUAUGUACAAGGCCUGAAUGAAAACCUCCACAAGAGAAAUAAAUAU